AUGAAGCGAUCAAGCUCGAUCAAAAUCGGAGCAAACAAUCCCAACGAGCUUCAAAGAGUCAUUCUCUCCAAAGAUAACUCGCCCAACAGCUCACCCAAUCCCACAUCCAUUGCCGUCGUCUCCACGGCAUCCAAACGGGCGACACUCAUGAACGUAUGCGUAACUCGUCUGAUAGAGGAAUCCGGAUCGGUGCUUGUUCGGGACAUCGACGGCCAUAAGACGGCCAUCAACAGCGACAACUCGAUCGAGGCUCCGACCCUGUCUGUUUCUGCAGCUUCCAAGGAUGGGAAUGUUGCGGACGAACGAGUCCAACUCGCCGAGUUGGCCGAUCACCCCACAACGAGUACUAAGCCCGGUCCGGUCACCCCGCCAAGGAAUGACGAUUUGCCAGCACCCGAGGCACCCACAGUCGCCAAACGGGACUCAACAUGCGAGCCAAUAUCGGUAGCCCUGCCGAGUAUCUCGCGCCAAUCGACAAGAUCCAAGAAAAAGCUGCCGCGAUACAACUCCUGCUCGACACUCUUUGUAGACCAAACCAUCGUGAACUCGGAUAUGAAUGCGAUGCUUAAAUGUGUCUCGAAAUCCCUCCACCACACUAUAGUGCAGCAAAGCAAAAUCGAACUGAAAAAGACCCACGACAUCUUGUCCGAGAGGCUGCAUCCCUUGUCGAAACGGAUACAGUUUUGCACCAAAAUACCAUCGACACGGGAUAUAUUCAAGUUCCUUGAAUGCGUGUUUCAAGCAGCCGAGCUGCCCGUGGAGUGUGCCCCCAUUACUUUGGUUUACAUCGAGAGAAUGCUCAGAAAGACUGGGGUCAACAUCCAGAUGGUCAACUGGGCACGGAUAACACUUGGUGGCCUGCUCUUGGCGUCGAAGGUUUGGGACGACCAUGCCGUCUGGAACAUUGACUUUUGCCAGAUCUUUCCAGAUGUCCCCGUCGCAGACAUGAACGAGCUCGAGCGGUGGUACAUGCACUCGAUCGACUAUGACGUCUCGGUCAAGUGCUCGGUCUACACGCAGUACUAUUUCAAGCUCCGUGAUUUGGCCGACAAGAAGAAGCUGUUUGACCUCAAACCACUGACACUGAAGGAUGUCAAGAUACUCGAGGCUCGCAUCCAGGAGAUUCCGAAAUCCGAGGAGCCCGCCAAGGCACCAUCCGAUGCGGCUGCUGCAGGCACAGAAACUAACGCCGCCAAGGAGGCCGCCCCGGCCGAUGCCCAUGAAGAGAAUCUUGCUCCGCACGCAACUCCCAAAAAGCCGGCCAAGCCAAUCCCGCGGUCCAAGAGCGACUAUAUAUUCUCUCCCGCCCUGCCGCCGCACAGUAUCCCGAUCUGACUCUCCUAAUGUUCCGCCGGGGCAUCUUGAGACGCU